CGCGCGCGGACUCGGGGCGGGGCGGGGAGGGGCGUUUCUGCGCGUCGCCCUGGGCCUGGCUCGCUGGGCGGUGCUUCCCGGGAGUCCCCCUGUCCGGCUACGUCCGCCCGUCACCUCGCGGGUCGCUCAGUGGCAGGGCGAAGGCCGACCGACUUGUCUCGUCGCCAGGGCCAUGGCCCAGGACCGCGCAGCCACCCGCCUCAGCGUCGUGCUGGGACAUGUCCGCCGCCCCUUCUCCGGGGCCGUCAGAGCUCGCCCCACUUCAGGAACUGUUUCUCCUGGCAGUUUCCAUCCUCAACAAUUUCAGUAUACUCGGGAUAAUUAUGUCCUAAGCCCAGAACAGAGAGCUUUUUAUGAAGAAAAUGGGUUUCUUGUCAUUAAAAAUUUGGUCUCUGAUGCUGAUAUCAAACGCUUUAGGAAUGAGUUUGAAAGAAUCUGCAGAAAUGAGGUGAAACCAGAGAGAAUAAUGAUAAUGAGAGAUGUGACCAUUGGAAAAUCAGAAUAUGUUCCAAGUGAAAACAUGGUUACAAAGGUCCAAGAUUUUCAAGAAGAUGAGGAACUCUUCAGUUACUGCACUCUCCCUGAGAUUCUGAAAUAUGUGGAGUGCUUCACUGGACCCGAUAUUAUGGCCAUGCAUACAAUGUUGAUAAACAAACCUCCAGAUUCUGGCAAGAAGACAUCCCGUCACCCUAUGCACCAGGAUCUGCACUAUUUCUGCUUCAGGCCCAGCAAUAGUAUAGUUUGUGCAUGGACAGCCAUGGAGCACAUCGAUCAGAACAAUGGCUGUCUGACUGUUCUCCCAGGCACACACAAAGGCACCCUGAAGCCCCACGAUUACCCCCAGUGGGAGGGGGGAGUUAACAUAAUGUACCAUGGGAUUCAGGACUAUGAUGAAGCUGCGGCCCAAGUGCAUGUUGUCAUGGAGAAGGGAGACACUGUUUUCUUUCAUCCUUUACUCAUCCAUGGAUCUGGUGUGAACAAAACUAAAGGAUUCCGGAAGGCAAUUUCCUGCCAUUUUGCUGAUGCCCACUGCCACUACAUCGAUGUGAAGGGUACCAGUCAAGAAAACAUUGGAAAGGAAAUUGUAGAGUUAGCAAAUAAAUUGCAUGGAAUUAAAGGCAUCACCCUGAAGAUAAUGAUAAAGCAUGCAUUUCCUAUGGGAGUGGCAUGGCCCCAAACAGACUGAGUGUAACGAUAGCUCUGGGCCUUCCAAUACUUUGAAAAGCACUGCACACCAGUACACCAGUGGCAGGCCCCCAUGCCACUGGGAGUCAUCUUCUGGAACACCUUCCCAGCUCAAGACUCUUCUUUCACCCUUUCUCCCUUCUCCCUUCAGAAUCUAUGAAUGUAUCCUGUAUUUGAAAAUGCUCUGAUUUCAUGUUUGCAGAUCCUAAAGAAAGUCUUGGCCUUCUCCCUUUGUCCAGUACUUAAAAUAUCUUACCAAGGUGACAUAUUUUGUCAGCUGAGGCUUCCAUCCAACACACUGAAUUUUAAAGCAGAAAAAUAUAUAUAUAUUCUAUUUGAGGUUUGUCAAAGUUGCACUAUAUGAAUUACCUCCUGUAUUUACUUUAGGUAUUCUUUAAGGUGUAGUUUAUUAGCUUUACUUAGAAUAGCAACACUAAUUUCUGCUAUGUAAGUACCUUUGUAAGGUCCAAAGUCACUUUUGUUUGCCGAAGUUGUAUAAGGGACAGAGCUAGAUUACAGAGUGGGUCAGUUCCAGAACUGUUCUUCCCACCAUACCUUUUGCUCAAAAAUAAGCAAUAAGAAAUAAAUAAGAAAGUCUGAAUUGUUUUACUAAGAACAAAUCAAAAACAAAGAAAUAAACCAGUAACCCAUGAUAUCAUUUUGAUGACUAUGGUCUAAUCAGGAGUAGAUUACUCAAAAUUGGGCAAGCAGAUAACAUCAAGGAAAGCAGGAGAAGGGGUAGUAAACUGUUUGCAUAACACUCAGCCAGAUAUGAAGCAUGGCAACAAGAGUGCCCAGUGAAAAAGAACUGUUUGGGGACUUGCUAUUUUAGUGUAACACUAUUUUAAUAUUGUUAAGUAAAUUAACUGGAGUCUUAGCAUAUGGUUUAUUUAUUCACUGAUAUGAUUAUUGUGGAGUUUUUUUUUUUCUAUUUGUUCAUUUGUCAAUGCAAGAUACUAUUUUGUCUUAUGGGGAAUAAACAAAUCAAAGUGUUACACAAACUCUAUUU